GCGGGUUUUGACGACGGCGACGGAUGCUCCUGCGACGGCGCGGCUUUUGUCGCGAGUUACACGCACUGCUAUUUCAGUUUUGCGUGACAGUCUUUCUUUUCUUCUCCUCAAGACCUUAGUCAUUGUUUUUUUUUAAGAUUAUGGCAAAAAAGAAGCCGAUGUUUGACGUCUUUGUUGGCAAUUUGCCUAGCAACGUUACGGAGGCAACACUUGCACCUUUAUUUACCGAAGUUGGUGAAGUGAGCUCUAUAUGGCUGAGUAACUACAAGAAAGGAGGGAAAUCAGCGGUUGUACGCUACUUCUUUGAACUGGAUGCUGAUGCAGCAGUUGCCAAGCGGAACGGGUUUUUAUUCGGAAACAACAAAUUGGAUGUUCAUAGGAUGCAAAGAAGCGCAAGGCCUGGACAGCCAGGAGUGAAUCCUGGGGAAGUUGGUGAAAGUAACAUGGAUCCAGUGAAGAAAGCUGCAACUCUUUCUGCAGUCCUUGGAGCUGCACAGAGCAAGAGGAGUUUCUCUGGAGUUUCUUCAGAUGCCCGUUUUCCUUCAGAAAAAGUAGAAGUAGAGCUUCUAAUAUGUGAAGUCAAAGAUGUGACGUCCUUCUUUGGGCAGCAGCCUACUGAUGCUGACAAAGCCACAGAACUUGGAGUCCAGCUAGCUGAGAUCUGCCCCACAGCUAUGCCUGUGACAAGUCCUGAAUACGACAAGAUCUAUGCUGCCAAGUUUUCUGAAGAUGGUCAAUGGUACCGUUGCAAAAUCGUGCGGAAGAUUGACGAUAGCAAGACUUAUGUUCAAUACCUGGACUAUGGAAACUGUGAGGAAGUAAGGCAUGAGUCAGGCUUGGUAUGCCUUACUGAGGAGCUUGCCCUAAUCCCUCCACUGGCCAUAUUUUGCUGCCUUGAUGGCUUGCAAAGCUUGAGAAGAGACGAUGAUCCUGCUCUUUUUGACAAGGCACUUGUCUUUGUGAAUGAGCUGCUGAGAGACAACAUGGUAAAAGUGGUGACCAGCACCAAAAUUUCUCGGCAAACAACAAACAUGGUAACAAGUUGCUGCCUCGUUGAUUCUGGUGUCGACGUCAUCGAAGAAGUACUGAGUCGAGGCUACGCUAAGACAAUGCAGGCAAGAACUGAAGAUGCAACACCAGUAGGCUGUUCUGGCCUGCAACCAAGUGACGACACUGCAGUACCGUCACGUGCAACUUUUGAGCGUGCAAUAAUGCCUCCAGUAAUGGCACAGUCUCCCAACUGGAAAAACCAACAACAGGUCAAUUCUGCAGACAGCCGUCAUGACCGAGGUUACCAGGCUAUACCUGACUGUAGCAGCUAUUUUGCCCGUGACCCAAACUAUAACUGUGAUCGUGGUUAUAGCAAUGAGCAUAAUUAUCAGCAAGGUUUUGGACGUGGCCUUAAUGGAGGUCGUUCUUAUGUUCCUGAUCAGCAUCGCUCCUACUCGGCACCAUUAUUUAGACCUGAUUAUCCUGGAUGUGAUGGCAUCAAAAAUAACAGCUGGUUUAGGCCUCGUUUCUACCCACGGGAGCAAGCGAUGCCUCAUAGCUCUGGCAGGCAGGCGUGGAUGAUGAACCCCCCUGAACUGCGAAUGGUUCCAGCUCGAAGUAUGCAGCCAGCAACACCUGGAGGAAGUGAUACUUCAGUAGCUGUUGUGAAGCAGCUCAGUGAUGAAAGGAAUUCUUUAAAGUCUCAGCUGAAGACUAUGGAAGAGCGAAUCAAGGUUUUGGAAGCACAAAUAGCUGCAAAUGAUGCUCUUUGCCAUGCCAAAAACGACUGUCUUUCAAAGCUGGCACAUAUUUUUGAGCUUUUGGAAAAAGUGAAGCUUCAGAGAGAGCAGUUUUCAAGUGACCCUGAUGUCAAGGACGUAUUUGAGAUGGCUUUGGAUAUCUAUGACACAUGCCGGCUGAUAGCAGAACCAAAUCAGAGCGUGGACACUGCAGUCACCCGCUAUCAAGGAGCACAGGACGCCAUUCGAAAGUGCAGUGACCUGGACCAGUUGCGUCCACUGAGAGCUGAGCGUGACGCUGCCUCUGAGGAACUCCGGGAGCUGCUGCAAGCUCACGAAUCAAAUGCAAAAGCUGCUGACCAGACAAACAGUAGCAACGUUGUGCACAUAAAAGCUGCCUUAACAGAGCUGAAACAUGCCUAUGGAGAGCUCCUGGAGGUUUCUGGAGGUGCCUCAUUGGACAUUCCGGACGUUCCUUUGACUUUUGAUGAACUAAGCCAGAGCAUUGCGAGAUUGAAGGUGGAUAUAGUGCCAGGCUUCCAGAGGCAGAGGGAGAAGACUGAUGCUGCACGUGCUCAUCUCGUAACUGUCCUUCAAGAACUGCGACAGGCCCUUGGAGGUGUCCAGCCUGAAUCUGGUGGAAAGCAGUUUUCUGUUAGUUGCUUAGAUGAAUCUGUAGAGGACCUUCAGUGCUGUCUCCAGGCAGAAGUGUCUGCAUGCAAUCUGAUAUCCUCUGCCAGCUGUGGGCCUCUUGCUGGUCUUGUUCGGCAGCUGGUGAAUGAACUUCAAAGAACACUAAAUCGUGCAUCUAAUGCUGCUUUCGCACAAGAUCGCUAUAGCAGCCUGCUUAAAGAGCUAGGCUUGGAUUGUUCACAGCAUGGCUCUGAAGAUAGCGAACGAAAAGCCAUGGAAGCCUGCCAGCUACAGCGUAAUUUGCGUAAGCUGAAAUCUGCUUUGCGACACCGUUUGGCUGACCUGGAGGAUGUUGAGCCCUUUGACGAGCUUGAAAGAAACAAGGUUGCUGCAGAUAUCCAUGCUGUGCGUAUCAAGCUUCAAGGCGUCUUCCAUGAAGAGGAGCAGCUUUUGGAUGAAUUGUCUCAUCUACAGAAGCAGCGGUUUCCUGAAUUGGCACUCCUUUAUCCAGAGUUAGAGUUGCCACAGUACCAGAAGCACAAUGGCCUUCUCAAAUCACAGUGGGAGCUCAUAGCUUUCGACACCGAGGCCUAUGGACCACAGCUUAAGACAACAUUCUGCGCAGAGGACAUGACAAUCACUGAGUAUUCAGUAGAUGCACACGAGGACCUGGAUGUGCUCCUCAUGAAGAUUACCCAGUACAGCUAUACCUGUUGCACUCACCUGCUCCGCAUAAGGGCUGUUUUUGUCUCCAAGGACCAGCGCCAUGCCUAUGUGAUGGUUCCUUCUAUGGGGAAGCCUCUGAUGAACCACGGCCAAGCUCUCCUGCCCCAUCUGAAGCUGCUGCAUGACAUCCUAACUGCACUUCAUGUGCUGCAUACUCCUGCUGAGGGCAAACCUUCUCUUGCCCAUGGCCGUGUACACCCUGCCUGGCUUGUAGUGUGUGAUGAUGGCCAGUCCAUGGCACUUGAUCUACCUAACUUCAGUGUCUACAUGCCGGGCAAGAAUCAUCAGCUGCCUGUGGCUGGUGGCAUUGAUUUUACUGCCCCGGAGCUGCGUACUUUCAAUGCUGAGGGUCCAACACCUGCCAGUGACAUGUUUGCUUUUGGGUGCCUGAUUCUAUGGUUGCUGUUUCCUGGAGCUCAGUUUAAGCAUGGAUGCCUGCAAAGCCUUGGACCUGCUGACGAGCAGAUCCGUAGCCGAAAGGAAUUGCCAGCGAUACGUUCCUUGCUAAAAGAAAACCCAAAUGAUCGGCCAACAGCAGCACAGCUUCUGGAGAACCCCAUUUUCGCUGCGUUCAGCAAGAAACUAAACCAGGCCACUGCUGUUUCAACAGCUGCUAAGGCAAAGUUGACAGUGGCUGAAACUCUGAGCCUGCCACUAGAACAGUGAACUGGUGUUUUGUUUUGCAUCAAGGCAUGUUGGUGCUUUGUGUUGUUAUUCACAAUUGUUUUUUAGUGGCUACUAGCUAUCUGUGAUAGUAGGAAGAAACCUUCAAAGCAUUUUUAAGCAACAUUUGUACUUAUUUCGCAGCCUCUUGACGCGUUCAGUCAUUCUAAAAUUUGACAUGCACAGAUGUAAGUCAGAGAAAGAAAGUGUUUAAGCUAACACAAGGUAGCCAUUAGUCGUGUAUGGGUCACAUAUGUACUGCAUUUCUUUUUUGAAAUGAGAGUUUUCAAAAUAAAUGUUACGAGUUUUGCAUGCA